CCGGCGGCGCGGGCUGCUGAGCGGCGCGCAGUCACCCUGCGCCUGCCCCGUCCCCGCCCGGCCAGCGCCGCGCUCCCCGCCAGCAUGAACCGCCUCGGCUCCGGCCCCGUGGGCAGCGCCACCGCCGCCUCCGCCGCCGGACAGUACCGGGUGUGCGGCAAUUGCCGGAAGGUGCCGAGACAGGAAAAAAGAGUACAGGUCUCCCCGCCAUUGACAAGAGGACCAAGUGCCUUUAUACCAGAGAAUGAAGUUAUGCAAGCAAAUGGUUUGGAUGAACGUACUAACCUUCUUGUGGAAGAAUACUCUACAUCUGGUCGCCUGGACAACAUCACACAGGUCAUGAGCAUCCACACUCAGUACCUGGAGUCGUUCCUCCGCAGCCAGUUCUACAUGCUGCGCAUGGAUGGGCCCCUUCCUUUGCCCUACAGGCACUACAUUGCUAUCAUGGCUGCUGCCAGACAUCAGUGUUCCUACCUAAUAAAUAUGCACGUUGAUGAGUUUUUGAAGACUGGCGGGAUUGCAGAGUGGUUGAACGGCUUAGAAUACAUUCCCCAAAGACUGAAAAACCUGAAUGAAAUCAACAAACUCCUUGCACACCGACCAUGGCUAAUCACAAAAGAGCACAUUCAGAAACUUGUCAAGACUGGGGAAAAUAAUUGGUCUCUUCCUGAACUGGUGCAUGCUGUUGUCCUGUUGGCACAUUAUCACGCUUUGGCAAGUUUUGUGUUUGGUAGUGGCAUUAAUCCAGAGAGAGACCCGGAUACAUCUAAUGGAGUCAGACUUAUAGCAGUCAACAACUUCUGUGUCUGUGAUCUUGCCAAUGACAACAACAUAGAAAAUGCAUCCCUCACAAGUAGCAACUUUGGGAAUGUCAUGGUGUUUUUGCAGAUUGCAGAUUCUUUAAGUGAGCUGGAGGCCUUAAUGGAAAGGAUGAAGAGGCUACAAGAAGAUAAGGAGGACGAAGAAGCCUCUCAGGAAGAAAUGGCGACCCGCUUUGAAAAAGAGAAGAAGGAGAGUCUGCUAGUCAUUAGUGGAGCAUUUGAUGAUGAAAUCGUUUCUACGGAUGUCUCCCGCUACAUUGAAGAUCCUGGGUUUGGGUACAAAGACUUUGCAAGGCGAGGAGAAGAUCAUCUGCCAACGUUCAGAGCUCAGGACUAUACUUGGGAAAAUCAUGGCUUUUCCCUUGUAAACAGGCUUUAUUCUGAUAUUGGGCAUCUCCUUGAUGAGAAGUUUCGGAUGGUGUAUAACCUCACGUAUAACACUAUGGCAACACAUGAAGAUGUUGAUACAACUACGCUAAGAAGAGCUUUAUUUAACUAUGUCCACUGUAUGUAUGGAAUCAGGUAUGAUGACUAUGAUUAUGGAGAAGUUAAUCAGUUACUUGAACGCAGCCUGAAGGUUUACAUAAAGACAGUGACCUGCUACCCAGAGAGAACCACCAAGCGCAUGUACGAUAGUUACUGGCGGCAGUUCAAGCACUCGGAGAAGGUUCACGUCAAUCUACUUCUGAUGGAAGCUCGAAUGCAGGCCGAACUUCUGUACGCCCUUCGUGCCAUAACCCGUCACUUAACCUGAGGCGUUGGCGGGGUGGGAGCAGAGGAGCCGUCGCUGAGUACGUAAGGACCUUUGGAAAUAGAUACACACCAGAAGCUGUUUGUGAUGUAGCAUCAGGUUAUUCGAUUCUCUAGUGUCAAAGUUUAGCCGUGCUUCUCGGCGGCUGUAAUGUGCAAUGACGUGUUUUACUUUCUUGAUGCUUAACAUUACUAAUGAUAACAAACGUCACCCCGAGGAGCACCGCGCCGCGCUGGCUCCGCAUGCGGCUCCGUGCAGGGCCCAGCAGCCCAAAACUGGUCUGUUCCAUCCGAUCCCAGCGCUUUGCUCUUUAAGCACCCGAGGGAAGUGCUUAGAGACUUCUUUUUCCAAGCAAUCAUUUUCCAGACGAGUGGAGUCCAGCAGCAGAUUGGUUCUGCCUGUCCCGAGCACGUGCCCCCACCGCCGUGGCCGGUCGCCUCGAGUUGCCCGCUGGAUCCUUGCGUGUCUCCUGGAGGCUGCUCGACAGCCACUGUCUCACUGCGGCCAUCGAAGGCGAGUGUGGGGGCAAACACUGAGCACGCUUUAAUGUGAAGUUAAUCGUGAUGAAUCCUACAGCAUGCUACUGAAGGGCGAAAUCCAUCUGCUUUGGCGUGCCCCUUCCCCAGAGGAGAGGCCUCGCAAGCUGCCGUUUCAGCCGCGCCUACUGUGUUUCAAUCCUGCCUAGUCCUGUUUUGCUGACAGUCACCCUCAGUUGUCCUUAACAAUGUCCACGCUCGUCACACGUUGCAAUUGGUUUAGUUGGCACCUAUAAAGUUAACACACGGGCUGACCAAAAAAAAGGAGGGUUGUGGGUUGUUUUUUGCACUCUCUUCUUUCUCAAUGUUUUAACUAAGGAAAGUAAAGGAAGGCUAUAUCUGUUCUUUCAUAUUGGAUGUAUAGAAAUCUAUUUCCCAUAACUUCUUCAUAGCCUGAGAUUUUAAUAUUCAAAGUUUAAAGAGUUUCUAUGCAUUAGUGUGAGUGAACAAAAGAAAAGUGCAAUAUUUAAAAGGAAAGCAAGCUUUUUUCCCUGUCAUGUCAUGCCACUGCUAAAGUGUCCUUCUUCUAUAGCCAUAAAGAAAUUUUAAAACCAAAUUUCUUUAUUGUCUAAGGCCUAGCAGUUUUGUUUCAGCUUUUAUGGCUUAAGACACUGAGAUGAUACUGAGAUGCCAAAGCAUCCCCAAAACAAACCAUUCCUGGACAACCGGUAAUAUUGGGGAAGGGAAGAAGUAAGCUGCCAAAAAUGUCACACUUUUGUGCUGUUUUCUGUUGCUUUUGACUAAUUUCUAAGAGCACAAAAUGUUGAUAUUUAUAGCUUUAUUUUGUAUUGCAUUUAACGAACCAGUGAAGUGCCUAAAGAGAUGCUUAAACUUACCCAGUAGGAUGCAAGUUGUCACUGCUUCAACUUUUGUCUGUUGGUUUGGACCUUCAGUAUUUCUUUGAGGAGGGUGACCUUUGUUUCUGUUGCAUACAUUCAAAACUAACCGGAUAGUUAGUUCCAUUGCAUUGUACAAGUUAAUACAGUAUUUUUUUUUGUCCAUUGGUGAUUGCAGAAUAGUUUAAAAAAAUACUUCCAGUCCUACUUUUACACUUUUCACUGGCAGAGUCACAGACCAGUUCGCUUCUUCCCCUUCUCUUCCUUUCUCUGUGACUUCGCAUGUUGGGUUUUUCGCUUUAUCUGUCUGUUCCAGAUUGGAAAGCUGAAUGAUUGUACACUUUUCUGCACUUUCAGACUGCAGACUCUGCAUGUGAAAACCUCUUGAGGAAGAAAUCAGUAAUAUUUAGGGUUUUGUUUUUAAUGUGACGUUGGCUAUUUGGAAAACUGCCCAGCAGCCAGCACCAGACUGUGUUCUAGAGAGAGCACUGGGUAACACAUCGGAUUGAUUUACCUUGCACAGCUAACUGCAAAGGAUUCUCAGAAGUAUUGAGAUGCUCAUAUGUAUGAACUUAGAUUAAUUUUCUAAGUUGUUCUGAUCUUUUUUCCUCCCUCUCGUGACUGUAGUGGCCAUACCUAAUGGCUUUUGUGGAUAAAGCAGUUCUGCUGAGAGUUUUCAUGCAGUGCUUCUGCUUUUUUUUUUCAAGUGAUGGGAGCUGUACAGUACUACUUUAAAUUUCUUUGCUUUGAAAAGUCAAGUAGUUCUCAAGAAGCACAGCUGAGCUCUGGGAAGGAGGUGAAACUAGAUUUAGGUAACCAGUAGGAUGGCUUAGUUUCCCUUCAGAAAUGCAAAGGCUCUUAGGGUAGGAUGACUUUUAGGCUUGGAAACGUGAGUGCCUUUACUUCUUUCCUUAUGAAACAUACUUGCCAGCUCAAACGCCUUCUGAGCGAGGUACACGAGCAGAUUUGGAGUACUGAAACCACACAUGCAUUGCUUUGUAAAAUUUGUAGUAAGCCAGUGAUUUCUUUCUCUCUUUUUUUUUAAGGUGCCAUAUCAAGUCACAUAUGGCCUGCAAGACAUUCCACCCUGGGAAAUGUCACUGUACAACUAGUUUGCUGUUUCUCUUCUGUUUUUACUAUUAAACGCAGACUUGAAACUCCUGGAAAUGUUUUCCACGUGGCAUUUUUUUUUGUUCCAGAGUAUUGCAUUUACAGUGUAACAAUUUAUAGCCUAGUUUUUAUACUGAGAUUUAUGAUUUUACUAGAUGUUUGUUUAGAAUAGGUGUUUAAAGGCAGACAGCUACCACAGACUUUACACACGCUUUAGGCUUACACUGUGCCAAAUUUCAAUGUGCAAGUGUUGUUGGAUUUGUUGAGUUUUAAAAGCACUCAUGAAUGUGAAUCUUCACACUUUGUUCUUUAAUAUUGUUCUUAAGAGUACCUUAAUCAUUGGAAGGGGUAGAUUCUCUCUCUCUCUGUUCCUUCAUUGGAAUUGAUAUUUACCAGCAUCAUUGUUAGUCCACAAAAUCCCAACCAUGACCAACAUAAAGACAAAAGUAUACAGUCCCUCAUCCACUGAAGGGAAAGCUAGGGAGGUACAAUUGACCCAGCUGGCACAGGGCAUGCUGUGGGCAGGGAGCAGAGCUUGUGAGCAGCUCCUUACCCUUGCAGAAUCACUUCAGCACAUCUGUUGCUGUGAGAACACGUCACAUUUGUGCUGAAACUGCUCCAUAUUUUUUUUGAGUAAUGAAGAGAAGUGAAAAAAGGUGCCAACUGGAGAAAGCAUUUGCAUUUCCCAGGGCACUGGGAAACAGGCCAGCAUCACAAGGAUUCCAUCAUACAGGAACAGGAACCAUUUUAAACCAGGGUACAGUUUGUGCAGACAGCUACUGAAGCUUGUGUGCUGGUAUCCUGUGAGAAUUUCAGUGAGCUGUAGAUGGAUUGAUUUUCAUCGAGGCUGAACUCAAAACAUCUAUUCUUUGUCCUAAAGUCUUUGUUGAAAUGAAAAUGAUAUCCUUUCAGUUUUAAUUGUUAAAGAAUUUCCACUAUCAACUCUUCCUAUCUCUUGGAAAAACUUUAAGGAAGAAUUUCUUCACUGUGAGGGUGAUGAAGCACUGAAAGGGGCUGCCCAGAUGGGUUGUGGAGUCUCCUUCUCUGGAGACAUUCCAAACCCACCUGGACAAGUUCCUGUGUGACCUACUCUAGGUGGUCCUGCUCUGGCAGGGGAGUUGGACUAAAUCUUUCAAGGUCUCUUCCAACCCUUAAGAUUCUGUGAUUCUGUGACAGGAAAACCAGUGAUUGUAAACAAUUAUAAAUGUGAGCCUAUAUAAAUUUAGAACAGAAAAGAACAAAAAAGAAAACAUUUGGCUUCUCUGCUACCCGAGUGCAGAAGGUCAAAGCACCAGAUUGUUCAAAAGUGGUUUUUUGUUCCUAGUGAUGCUGACAGGUGGUUUCAUGGGAUUUGGAAAAAGCAGCUAGUUGCCUAAAUUUCAAUGGGAAUUUAAGCACCUAGGCACUUAGCAAAUCCUGCCAGGUGCCCACUUGCAUUUUUGAGUCAGAGUUUUAAAGAUACUUAGUCACCUGCAUUCAAUAGAAUAACAUCAGUUUCCAUAGAGAUUAAAGGAAUAAUGUCUAGCAGAUCCGUGUGAUUUGCUGCGAUUGUUACUGAAAUGGGUUGUUUUGGAGACUUAAUAUAGUCUUAGAGAAAUCUUUCCCAAAGCAGUUAAAAAAGCGCAGGCUGCUGCUCAUGCACAACAAGUUCUUGAUGUCUCUCAUGCAUGUAUGUUUUCCAUGGACACAGGCAUUUCAGGCUCACGUUCUAGACUCCAGCCUCCCUUUUAGAAUGGCUGGAUUAUUUAACCUCUGCUUGCAGGAAAGAUGCAUUGGCAGUAGCAAGUGGAUAGCUUGUGCCCAGAGUAGAGAGUUUAGGCCAGAAAGAAAUACCCCAAAUCUUUCUAAUUUCAAGUGAUGUUCUUUCAGUUACUUUCCUUAGGGGUUUGUACCCUUCUCCCAUAAAUGAGGGGUGACAUUGCACAAAAUGGAGGGGAUGGGGAGUGGAUUCGUUGUAAAUUAACUUUCCCAGAGCUGAUGUGAAUAGAAAGCUGUAAGGAUUGGUUUGCUGUUAACUGUCAUUCCAAGAGCUGGACAAAGUUGUCACUUUUCACUACCUGAACUACAGAUUUUUUCUCCCACAUGUCCCCCUCACUGAGUUUGUCUGGAGAGAUGCAGCCACCUUCUUUUCCACAUUUGUGAAUUGGAAAUGAAAACGCUUAUCUCCAAAUGAAAAUGAAUUCAGCAUUUCAUACCUCCUGCAUAGAUCACAGAUGUGGCAGACAGAGCACAGUAGUACAAGGAAACUUCAGGAGCAUCUUGAUCAGUGUUAAUUCAUCCCUUCGGGCACGUUUCCCUGCAUGUGGUGAUGCUGCUGCUCCCCGAGCAUUCACUAGGAUUCCCUUGCAGACAUUUAGUCCUGCUGCUGCUUCACCAGGGACAAAAACCUGUCAUUCUCCAACCUGCCACCACCCUGCAUCUAGUGCUUCCUGUCCUCCCAACUCAGCCACGCAGGGACCACCUCCCAGCCUCGACCCUGUAAAACAGUGCUGGGUUCCUCUGCCACCCUCUGCUGUUGAGCAUGUUCAGAAACACCCCAUUGCUCUAUCAGGUUGUUUCUGGGCAGGAAAAUUCCCAAUGUGGUUCUGCAGGACGACACUCAGUAUGUGCUUACAACAUUGAGGUCACUUUUGCCAGCAGCCUGUCAGGUCCCAUCCUCUGGAGUUACAGCUGAUAAUCCAGUGGCUGCAGUGAGGAAAUGCUUUUGUUGGCAAAACUGCCUGUGCUCAAGCUGUUGAGUUGUGCAGGUUUGCUGGAGGGGUGUGGAGGUCCCCAUGCCCUGUGGGUGGCAGCUCUCAGUGCCUCCCCCAGGCACACCCCCGCUGCCUCCAUACAUUUGGGGCUCUCGCUGCCCCACGGGCCUGGCUGCUGGGCUCGUGGGCAUGGCUGGGUGGCACUGAGGGUCAGCAGGGCUCCUGCACAGUACAAACCCAGCUUCUGCUGUAGCUGGAGGUGGUGGUGCAGCUGUGGGGAGUGAUGGCAGCAGGAGGGGCAGAGCAUGGGUGCUUUCGAAGGGACACAACCAAUGCAUGGGGAGUUGACGUGUUGGGUCAGUUGAGGAAACUUUGCUGGUGUGUGUGUGACAGGUUCUUGUGCACGUAGGGGAGGUGAUGGGAGACGCCUCCACACCCUCCAAGGUGUCCAGAGAGCAGCAGGACAAGAGCUGGGACCCUUUGCCUACUCCACAGAUGGAGCAGGGGAAGGGAACCGCUUCUUCUGCCCGAGAAAAACAUGCUGCUGUCGAAUUAUUUUUGUCUUGCCCCCAUCAGCCCUUUGAAGGGAGUUUUCAGAUGGGAGGGUUGAGCCACCAAGCACUUGUGUCAGCAGUCGAGGGGCCUGAGGGCAGCAACAGCACGUUUGAGCACACAGGGUCCAAACCUGUUUCUCAUUCCCACCUCACGCUCACGCUGUGACACCGGACCCAGGCCUCUUCCCCCCCAGCCAGGUGUCUGCGGGAGCUGCCCGCGCAGGGGGUGGGAGAUGCAGCUGCUUGUAGGGGAACAACGAGAAUGAUCAGGCUACAGCCCUUGGGCUCUGCACGGCGACACGGUCAGAAGCCUUUCCUGCCUGUGGCCGGAACUGGAUAUAAACUGUAGCUUCAAAAAGACAGGAAUUUUGUAAACUUGAACUCUCUGGGUUUUCCCCUUUUCUCCUUUAGCUGGAAAGCCACACGAUGAAUGUAAAUGCUUUAUCUUUCUAUCCGACUGAAAAUCAGACUGCCAACUCCUCCUUUUGUAUUAGCCCUUUUUUAAUAGAAAACAAGAAAAGAAAAAGAAACGAGUUUGUGAGCAAUAUAUGUAGCAUGCUGUGAACGUCUGGUUGGAUCUUUAUAGUUACUCUUUAAUCCAUCAGUAUUAACACCAGUUCUUUUUUUGUGUUCCCCUUGGUACUUCGGUGUAAGCAGAAGCUGUGAUGGCUUUGCAGUCCUGUGCCGUGUUACUGUAACUCCCUGGUUUGGUUUGGGAAGCAGCCGAGCGUGGGCCAGCCCGGGGCAGGCAGCGAGCCCCAGCACGGCUGCCGCUCUCUCCUCUCUCGUACUAUGUAUAGUUUUAAGUAGAAUAAGCUUUCUAACAGAAUAUUGAGGCGAUUUCUGAGUCACGCAGGCUGCAAGUGUCUGGUGUGUGAGAGUCGUUGUAUUUAUAGUUGUUGGGGGGUUGGGGUUGUUUUUUGUUUUGUUGUUGGGUUUGUGGGUUGGUUGGGUUUUUUUUUACAUCCAAGACGUAGCAGACUUGAUAAACGUUAGCCACUUUAAACUGCUCUUGCUCAACAGCCCCUGCUGUAGAUCAAUACCACUGUAGGUGUGAGGAGGGACAGCGCGGGCACUGCCGGGGCCUCUCCUGCCCGUCCCCCCGCCUCUCGCCCGGCGGCCAAGGGGAAAUGGCCUCAGGCCGCGGCCCGGCAGCUCCCGGCCGUGUGGCUGUGGGACGGAGCCCCGAUCCCGCUGCUCCCUCGCACCGCGCCGUGCAGGGGCGGCUCUGGGGGUCCCUGCGGGGUCCCUGCGGGGCCGGUCCCCUCUCCCGGGCCGUGGGCUCUGUGUUCCCGCGGGCGGUUGGCCUGCGAGGUGAGGCAGCUGCUGGGAGCUCACUCCGGGUUCCCACAGCAGCUUUGAUCAUUUUGGGUUUUUUCCUGUUGUUGCUGGUUGGGGGUUUUCUGGGGUGUUUUGUUUUGUUUUUUUCCAGAGGACACACUGACCUAAUGGAACGGAUUUUUUUGUGUGUGUGACUUUUGUUAGUUUUUAAGUUACCCAACUUGAAUUUAUCUGAACAGAUGCAGAAGGAACUUGUUUUCUUUUUUUUUUUGGUUAUUGUUUAAUUAUGAGUUAAGAGACAAAAACCACAUUUUUAAACAAAGGAAUCAUGUAUUAACAUUUUAACAGCAAUUCAUAAAUCUGCACUUUUUAUGAGGUUUUGAAAAAAAUCUAUUUAUAGGUACGGAACAAUGGGGUUUGUUUAAAAACUGUAUCGCAUUUAUACUUGCUGAAAUUACUUUCAUUGUUAUCAGUAGGAAUUUCAUUGGUUAAAUAAAAUGGAUAA